AUGGUCCGGCCUACCAUCAAACCGGACAUUGAGAAACUGAGGCAAAGUAACUUCCUAACGAGGUUCACCCAGCUGAAAACGAAUUAUGGAUUUAUUUCCCCAGUUGCGUUCCUAAGUCGAAAAUAUUUUUUUAACAAACCGCAAGCUGGCUUCUUCAAUGAUUUGCCUGAACAAGUAAAUCCGUUUGAUGCGCUCUUAAAGCAAGACCCCUCGGACCUGUUUGGAAUGAUGAAGAACCAAAUCCCCUUUUUGGUGUUGCAGUUGGGGCUAGGGUUUUUAAUAAACCUCUUUUUUUCCGGCUACUUAGUGGCCAAAAUUCCCUUCCCCCUGACGUACAAAUUCAAGUCAACCCUCCAGAUGGGAAUGGAUAUAGAAUUGCUGGACAUGAAAUUUGUGUCCUCCCUCUCAUGGUACUUCCUUGUCAUGUUUGGGUCGAGCGGCCUAAUAAGCAUCAUUGACUAUUUUGUUCUUCACGACAAGGACCGGUCGCAAAAUAACCCAAUGGACAAUUUGAUGGCAAACCAAAAUCCCCUAGCGAAACAGCCUGCAAAUAUGAACAGCGUGCCCGACUUGAAAAAGUUUUACGACAAAAAGAAGGCCGAGCUGGAGAACGUGAGGUAUAAAUUUUGGCUGGAGAAUAUCGAAUAUCACCUUAUAGUAAACUGGAAAUGA